AUGAAGGUCACCCUCGCGCUGCUCACGACGCUGCUCGUGGCCUCGUCGGCCACAGCGACGCCCAUCAAGCAGGACAUCAUCUCCAAGCCGACCGGCUUCGACAUCAACGCCAUCAACAAGCAGAAGGUGGUGUCGUACGGCCCGCGCCCGUACUACCUCGUCGAGGACCUCAAGGCCGGCCCGCUCAAGGACAAGCUUGCCGCAUGCGGCGAGAAGAAGGCCAAGCCGUCCAAGUGGGUCAUCGGGCACCGCGGCGGCGGAACCCUCCAGUUCCCGGAGCACUCGCUCCAGUCCAACCUCGCCGGCGCGCGCAUGGGCGCCGGCGUGCUCGAGUGCGACGUCGCCUUCACCAAGGACCUCAAGCUCGUUUGCCGCCACUCGCACUGCGACCUGCACACGACGACCAACAUCCUGACCAUCCCCGAGCUCGCGGCCAAGUGCACCACGCCGUUCCAGCCCGCCAACGGCACCGCGCCCGCCAAGGCCAACUGCUGCACCUCGGACAUUACGCUCGCCGAGUACAAGACGCUGUGUGCCAAGAUGGACUCGUUCAACGCCAGCGCGACCACGCCCGAGGCGUACCAGGGCGGCGUGCCCUCGUGGCGCACGACGCUGUACAACCAGUGCGGCACGCUCCUCACCCUCGCGGAGCACAUCCAGGUCGUCGAGAAGCUCGGCCUCGAGCACUCACCCGAGCUCAAGACGCCCUCGGUCAAGAUGCCCUUCAACGGCUGGACGCAGGAGGACUAUGCGCAGGCGUUUGUCGACGAGUUCAAGAAGGCCGGUGUCAAGUUUAACAAGGUCUGGGCGCAGAGCUUCCUCUACUCGGACAUUCUGUACUGGCUCAAGAAGGAGCCUGCUUUCGGCAAGCAGGCCCUCUUCCUCGACAGUGUCGCCGACACGGCUGGCAUGGACGCGGCGGUGGCCAACCUGACGCGCUACAAGGCUGAUGGCGUGCGCCUCGUCUCCCCGCCCAUCAACUACCUCCUCGUCCAGGCCGAGGGCAACACGACCAUCGUGCCGUCUGCCUACGCCAAGAAGGCCAACGAGCUCGGCCUCGGCAUCAUCACCUGGUCGCUGGAGCGCUCGCCUCCCCCCGAGAUCGCGCACGGCACCAAGGACUCGUACUACUCGACCUUCUCCAACUGGAUCAGCCGCGACGCUGACAUCCUCACCGUCCUCGACGUGCUCGCCAACCAGGUCAAGGUCAAGAAGAUCUUUGCCGACUGGACCGCGACUGCCGCGUUCUUUGGCGACUGCUUCGGUAUCAAGGGUUAA